CACAGCGCGUGUCGCCAUGGUGACGGCUUGACUGCGUGAUGGGCUGACAGGUUGCGCGCGCGCGCCCGCCCGCGGCCGUGUACAGCGCGCGCUACGCGAGCAUGUACUCGAAGAGCGCGCGGGUUCCGUCGGACAGUCAAGCCCGAGAAAAGCUAGCACUUUAUGUUUAUGAAUAUCUGCUACAUGUUGGAGCUCAGAAAUCAGCACAGACCUUCCUCUCUGAGAUCCGAUGGGAGAAGAACAUCACGCUGGGAGAACCACCUGGGUUCCUACACUCCUGGUGGUGUGUCUUCUGGGAUCUUUACUGUGCAGCUCCAGAACGGAGAGAAACCUGUGAACAUUCAAGUGAGGCCAAAGCUUUCCAUGACUAUAGUGCAGCAGCCAUCCCCAGCCCUGCAAGUGGGAAUCUACCUUCUGGAGAGGGAAUGUCAUUACCCCCUGGAUUCUUCCAGCAGUUCAUGUCGCCUCGUUGCCCCGGAGGCCCCAGAGCUCCCCUCAGAAUGCCCAGUCAGGCAAUGGGCCCAGGCAGCCAGUCACUCUUAAGUGGGAUGGAUCAUAUGAGACAGCCAGGUCAUCUUCACAUGAAUGGGCCUAUGCAGAGAAUGAUGCCUCCAAGAGGAAUGGUUUCUAUUGGACCACAGAACAUGGCAGGUGGAAUGAGGCCUCCUGUGCAUUCAUUAAUGGGACCAACAAUGCCUGGAAUGUGAGGCUCAGGAGGAGGGAGGUCCUGGAUAAAUCCUCCAAACACCAACGCAAUUCCAUACUCAUCUUCAUCUCCAGGGAGUUACACAGGUCCAACAGGAAGUGGAGGAGGAGCUCCAGGGACACCAGUCAUGCCCAGUCCUGCAGAGUCGACCAGUUCCGGGGACAACAUGUACAGUGUGAUGAAUUCAAUCCCUCCAAAUGGAAACAGGCCAAAUUUUCCUGUUGGUCCUUGUGUUGAUGGUGCAAUGGGAGGAGUUGCUGGAAUAGAAACUCAUCCUCUAAACGGCUCAUUAGCAUCAGGUGACAUUGACAGCCUCCCAAAGAGCUCCCCUGGGAACCUGAGUAUGAACACCCAGCCAAGUACGCCACGAGGCGAUGGGGAAAUAGCAAACAGCUUCCUCAACCCAUUUCAGAACGAGAGCUACUCUCCUAACAUGACGAUGAGUGUGUGAGACCGAAAGGAGCAACGAAGAAACGCUCGGAUUCUCAUCAUGAAUGUUCCUCACAGGAGUGCUGAAGUGUAACAGUGAAACUUUUCCCAGGUCCAGCACAGCCAACCUGACCGAACCACAAGCAGGCUUAUUAAGUUUGUUUUCAUUUGUCACUCUGUAUCCCGAAUGUGGAAAAGAACAUGUUUCUGCAGGAUUUCUGCAUCAUGAUCCUCUCAUGCUUUUUUGUCUGUCUGCCUUGAUGCAUGUCUUGUUAAUGGUUAUCUUCAUGAGUCAUUUUGUUAGGGUUUGUGGGAAAUGUGGGGAAUUUCUCCUGAAACGAAAGAACAGUAGGAAUUUCUGCUUUUUUUAAGGAAACAUUAAUGUUACCCAGCAGUGUACAGAUGUGAUGUAUUUUUUUAAAUUGACCCCGAUGAGGCAUUGGGAAGGAAAGUUGAUAGAAAUCUGUUUAUAAAGUGCCCAAGUUCUAUUCCAAUUAUUGUGUAUAUUGUUGCAGUCAUUUUGUUUUUCUUGCACGUUUUCUGUAACAAUACAUUUUCUUUACAUAAUUCA